CCAAAUACGCAUUAGUAUUGUUAUCGCCUCGAACUGAACACAAUUAAAAGACACUGAUAUAUAAUUUAACAGUUUUGAAAGGAACGAUUUCAGAGAUAUCCAUUAUUGAGAUUACUGACAUGGAUCUCCUUAGAGCGUGUUUUUUGACAGAUCAAGAAAAAGCAGAACUGAAUCGUCAUAAUAAAGCGCAAAGCGAUUUAAUGAAAUGGGCACAGGAAAAACGAUCGGAGAUUAGAUUGCUGCUCUUGGGAACUGGGGAAUCGGGCAAAUCCACAUUUAUUCGGCAAAUGCGUAUUAUAUACGGCAAUGGAUUUUCCGAAGAGGAGAGAAGAGGUUGCAAAGUGCUAAUCUUAGGAACUAUACUUAAAUCAGUGCAGUGCGUGGUAAAGGCCAUGGAUCACCUACAGAUUAGCUUUGAGCACAAAUAUAAUUUGCACAACGCCCAGCUCAUAGGCAAUGUCAAGGUAGACGAUUUUAUGGCUGUAACUGAUAUGUACGCAAGUGCCAUUAAAGAUCUGUGGAAUGAUGCAGGCACUCAGCAAUGUUUCCAGAGACGCAGGGAAUAUCAAGUAGACGAUUCGAUGAAAUACUAUGCUAGCCAUAUAGAUCGCAUCGCAGAGGCGAAGUAUGUGCCCACUGAUGAGGAUAUUUUACAUAUGCGUGCACCCACGACGGGUCUUGUGGAAUACGAAAUUAAAAUAAGGAAAAACUCUUUCUUUUUCAUUGAUGUUGGUGGGCAGCGUUCGGAACGCCGCAAAUGGAUUCAUUGCUUUGAUCGAGUCCAAUUAAUUAUAUUUUUAGUCGCCAUCUCAGAAUAUGAUCAAAUUCUAGAAGAGACGAAGGAUCGCAAUCGUCUGAUAGAAUCUAGAAGUGUCUUCACAACUUUAUGCAAUAGUGAGUGGUUCAGUGGCACCCCUUUUUUAGUGUUCUUUAACAAAAUCGAUUUAUUGGCGGAAAAAAUCAUGUAUUCCCACUUGGCAGCAUUCUUUCCUGAGUACCAAGGUCCAAAGCAAGACCAUAUGAAAGCAAGAGAAUUUUUACGGGACAUGUUCUUGCAAUUAACUAUGGGCAGAAAAUUCUACAAACAUUUUACUUGUGCUACGGAUACCAGUCAGAUUAAAACCGUCCUAGAAGUAGUUCAAAAUACAAUAAUAAGGAGCAUUUUAAAUCAACAGAAUUGCUACUAACUUCCCAUAAAGGAUAUUUUGAUCACACAAUAAUCGAAUAGUUAUGUUAGUUAUUUCGCUGUGCAAGAAGUUUAUCUUAUUUUGAAUGACACAGUGGUGUUAUUAAUCAAUUAUUACGCAUGCAAAUCAUAAUAAAAUUUACUCAAAUA